AUGCCGCGGGCGCGCGCCGCUCGCUCCGCAGGGCUGGCGUUCCCCGACUGGGCGUACAAGGCUGAGUCCAGCCCUGGCUCGCGGCAGAUCCAGCUCUGGCACUUCAUCCUGGAGCUGCUGCAGAAGGAGGAGUUCCGCCAUGUCAUCGCCUGGCAGCAGGGCGAGUACGGGGAGUUCGUCAUCAAGGACCCCGACGAGGUGGCGCGGCUGUGGGGCCGGCGGAAAUGCAAGCCCCAGAUGAACUACGACAAGCUGAGCCGGGCUCUCAGGUGCCGCAGGGAAUGGGGGGGGGGAAGGA